CCCCACGUGACUGACUUGACACUCCUGCUGGCCCGCGCGGAGGUGAAGACAGAGAUCAGAGGAGGACAGCAGGAGAGGAAGACCACGAUCUGACCGCAGCAUCAUCACGCAGAAAGCAGUAUCUGCGCCCGGAUCCAUCCGUGCCUUUUUCUCUUAAAUUCAAUCCGCUUUUUUUUGUUUGUUUUAACGAGCGUUGUUAUUUUUAUAUUAUCAUCUCUUAACAACCUGCACACCCAGCCUGCAGCGGACCUCUUCAGCGGCUCUGAGUACAAACCUGUGCGGGGUUUUGGAUGUGUCCACCGGCUGCAGCCGUGUUCGCGGUGCUGACCGCCUGCGUGGCGUGCGCUCCGGGGAGAGGCCAGCAGCUCAACUACCGACCUAUCAUCGGUGUGUUAGCUCAAGAAAACCUUCCAGGAGACCAGUCUGCUCCCGCACCUUCGUACAUCGCCGCCUCCUAUGUGAAAUACCUGGAGGGAGCGGGGGCCCGGGUCGUACCCAUCAGAAUCAACCGCACAGAAGAAGAAUACACCAAAAUAUUCUACUCCAUAAACGGGUUGCUGCUGCCGGGAGGAGAUGUAGACAUUCAGACGUCACAGUUCAGUCGAGCGGCCCGGAUCUUUUAUAACCUCGCUCUGAAGGCUAACGAUGCCGGGGACUUCUUUCCGAUCUGGGGCACGUGUCAGGGCUUCCAGCAGCUCAGCGUCCUCACAGCCAACAAAAACCUGCUCACGCUCACCGAUACCAAGUCUGUGGCUCUGCCCCUCACUUUCACUGCAGCGGCCAACUCCAGCCGUCUGUUCCAGAGUUUCCCCAAAGAUCUGAUGCAGUCUCUGUCUGAGGAAAACAUCACGGCCAACUUCCACAGCUGGAGUCUGUCAGUGCAGAACUACACCCGGAACUACAAGCUGAAGAAGUUCUACAGGGUUCUGUCCACAAACAACGACGGGGUGAAAGAGUUCAUCUCCACCAUGGAAGCCAAACACUUCCCGUUUUACGCCGUGCAGUGGCACCCGGAGAAGAGCCCCUUCGAGUGGAUCGAUAAGCCGGGGAUGGUUCACACCACAUCUGCUGUCAGGGCCAGCUUCUACACCGCCAGCUUCUUCGUCUCUGAAGCGAUGAAGAGUCAGCACCAAUUCUCCAAUCUUGUGGAGGAAGAGCGAUCUCUGAUCUACAACUUCUCCCCCGUCUUCAGAGGGAUCCACGCCGUGUUCAUGCAGAACUAUUACUUCGAUUGACAAACAUGUCGCGCUGAAAUACAGAUAUUCAAAAUGAAUUAAUAGAAAUAAAUCCAGACAGAAUGAAUUCAUGACCAUGCAUAUAGAUUAUAUUUACAUUCAGAUCAUAAGUGCAGAGGAUUGUUUCACACCGUCAACACCGACUGUCCGAAUAUCAGCAGCUGCUCACUGAAGGUCAAGCUAGUGUUGUAGUCCUUUUUACUCUGUCUUGUCUCGGUCUCAGACUGGGUGGACUCUGGAUUUAAAAUCAAGACCGGUCAAGACCACCACUGAUCGGCUAUUUCUCCUCGUCAUUACUGAGAUUAGAAGGAAAAGUUCUCUUUUUAAAAGAACAAAUAACUUCAAUUUAUUUGAAGUUUGGUUUUUAUCCCCCGGUUACGUCUGCAACCUUCCCAGUGUUACUGUCUAAGUGAGAGACACGCCCCCUAAACACAAGAUGAGGAUUUUUCAUUGAUAGUUAGGGGUCUUGUCUCGGUUGAGCUUGGUUAGCGUUUUGAAAGCUGUCUCAUGAUUGUAUUUCUGAGUCUCUGUCAGCAAUUAAACAUUUUUUAUUCCUCAAA